CAAGUUGUUACAUACGUGACGCUACGACCUGAAAGAAUGCACUCAGACAGCUCUGAUCUAUCGCUCUCAGCCAGUGGCUCACAACUGCUAGCCGUACCACCGCUCUCAUCGAUAGGGACUGGCGACGACGACCUAUCUGUUUCUGAGCUUUCGUUGUCGGAUCGGACUGUCACGUUUCUAAAGAGCAACCCUCCUCCAACACCAACUCGAGAAGAGGCUCUAGAAGAGGAAGAUGUAGAAUCGAAACGAGCAUCGGGUAGAACGCGAGAAAAUAAGCUUCAAAACGACCUCUUCAUCUUGAAGAAUUUGAAUGCGUCGAUGACCUUGUUCAACGAAGCACUCGACAGUACUGGGUCUGCCAAUGAGCGCAUAGCUCAACAGUUGGCACAGACAGACCUGCUACUGAAUAAAUACAUCAAGACACUAUCUCGAACAGAGGAUUUCGCUCGUCUCAUAUUCGACGAUGAAUGGCAUGGCGCUGACGCAGACGAAGAGAUUAUAAUGCAAGAACGGAGGGAAGCAGAAGAAAAGGCACGUCAGGAGGCUGAGGAACGCGUCCUGGCUACUCGACGUGAGCGUGAACGUUUGGAGAGGGAAGCACAAACUCGGCACCAGCAGGAGGAGAAGGAGCGCCUUGAACGCGAGAGAACAGAACGGCUCGCUGCAAGAGGCGGCAUCCGUGGAGUCCGUGGUACGCGUGCAUCGAUGCGCGGUAUGAGGGGCGCCGUCGUUGCGACGAGAGAAGCUCCAACAACGGCUCGUGGUCGGAUAGCAGUUCAAACGACAACGGGACGUCUCACGUCUGCUGCUGGCCGUGCUAGUGCCAUUCCUGGUCGCGGGGUGAGACGCAGCUGAUGUACUCAUGGAAUUCUUACACUGCACGUCUUUAUAAUGGAAGUACCGCUCGUAGCGGUUACCCUCUCCCAGGCCUGUUAUUUAAUGAAGCUCACUCAAUCCGAGUCAGGGAACAUCGAGGCUGCGGGAGAGUUUACUUGAAAUUCCAGGAUGUCUGUUCUUUAUUGCGAGAUGUAAAAUGUACAUGAAUAUUAAUGUGGGUUUUCAUAGAUAUAAC